UUAAACUUUCUUGCCAUGGUCAGUCUAUUCCCGCAACUAGUAAAUUUUAGUAUUUAGUUAUAACAUUUCAAAACAUUAAAAAAUAAAACCCAAAUGUUGUGGCGAUAGGCUGAUUGAGGGGCGAUCAUGAUGAUUCAGCUGCUGUUCUUGUGCCUCGUGCUUUUCGUCGUUGUUUAUUGGAUCUUGCCCACAGGCAUAAGCUGGUACUUGGUGAAGAGGUUUCGGGUAAAAGUGCGGAUCGGACGCGUGUCGUUGCCCUACUUGUCCCUUAAGAAUGUGCACAUCAGCAAGAGUGGAUUCUCGGUGCAAAUUGAGGAGGUGUGCCUGCGGAGCAGUUUCUUUACCACCGAGGUGACCAAGCUGCUCUCUAUAUACGUCCGCGACAUCCGCGUCAACAAGGACAUUCACGGGCGCCAGGAUGACAAUGAGGACUUCUAUGAACUCCGGCAGACGGAAAGUUCGGGAGGCAACCCGACGGAUGCGAAGGGUGUGCCCGACUUUCGGCAAACGAAGGUGCCCGCAAGCAUUAUUACGUUUGCCCAGUUCAUGGCGGUGCACGUGAACAACAUAUCAGUGGUCCUGAUGAACAACGAUUUUGAUCCGGGCUGGUUUAUCCACGCCACGGCAAAGGAGCUUCAUCUGGACGGGAGUAUCGUACAGAAUGCCCGUGUCCUGCUGGUGAACGCGGCCCUGAGUGAGGCCCAGGCCAAGAUGCUGAGACACUGCAGUUCCCGUCGCCAGUCGCUAGAGAACUUGAACAAAAUUAGACCAUGCCUGGGUGAGGUCAGCUUUGACAUGACCCUGGAUGCCUCGCUCUUUGCCCAGGGACCUCUGCUAAUGGAUACCCUUAAUCUGGUCAUUAAUAAUGCCAAAUCCGUAAUCCACGGAGGACUUUAUGAGUUCCUCAGUGAGGCCAAGCGAAGAACGUCAACUGGACAGCACUCACAGCGUUCCAUGCAGACUUCAGUGCCCUCUAAGAGGACCUACGACAAUGACAACUACGAAAAGCUGGCGCCAAUUAUACCAAAAAACUUUAACUUUAGCAUUAGGGCGGCAACUUUCUCAGCAGUCAAGGAAAAUUCUCAAAAUGAUUUUAGUGCCAAGCUGCAGUCCUUUCAAAUCUCGGGAAAGUUUAACUCGAAAGUCACGGAUGAAAAGACAUUGCUACCUUCAAUGCUUGCCAAACUAGGAUUUCAACACUUAGAUAUCGAUACCAAAUAUGAGAAACUUCUCUUUGUAGAACAAUUUACCAUAGACUCUGUGCUGGAAAAAGACAUAUUAAAACUGUUUGUUAAGCUUAAGACAUUCCAAAUAAUCUAUAACCACAGAGAGAUCUACGACUUCGUCAACAACAACUUCUUGGCUCGCCAACGUUCUAGCGGAUCGAUGCAACUAAUACAAAAGCAGAAAUCCCUGCCGGAUCACUUGUAUCCGAACACGGCGUCAGUGACUCAACUGAGACCAAAUCAAAGACGCGAGGGCGGAGUUCUCGAGUGGAUUAUGCAGCGGAUCGUAGUUAAAGGCUGUGCAGAGCUGUUCAAUGUCUCUCUUCUCAUGACGCUGGAGGACGAGAACAUAGCCAUGAGUGUCAGUCACACGAGGUUCCUCCUGGAACAGAUCGAGGAGAAACGCAGCAAUCUCUAUGAAAACAAGUUCCUCAACUUGCUGUUAAAUCAGCGGCAGUGGAGCAUGGAGAUAAUGGUGGAGACGCUGUGGUCGAAUCUGAGGAACUCUAUCAACGACACCAACAACCUAAAGAAGACCCAUUCGCCCGGCUCACCGUUCUUUCUCGGAGUGAGUUUGGUGAAACUCUGCUCAUACGCAAACACCACUAAACUGGACAUCUCUGUGCACACCUUCCGCACGGAGUACAGUAUGCAGCUGGCGGAGUUUGUAGUCAAAUCAAUGGAGUGCCUGCGGCAGUACCGGGGAAUGGAACCGAAAAAACACUCGCAGGCCAGGCCGAACCUGGCUCUCUCCGUUCAGCCACCAAACUCAUCCACUCCCUUGCGCGUCUCCGUUAAGGUCAAGGAUAUAACGGCCUACUUUGUGAACAAACACAAGGUGUACACACUGCUCAGCUUCUCGGAGCUGAACUUGUCGAGAGCCCAGAACCUAACCUCCCUGAAGCUCGAAGAGUUCCAGCUGGCCAUGAUGCGCUCGAUGACCGCUUCCUCGCUCUGCCUCACCGACUUUUCAGACGUGUUCGCCACUUGCAAAAUGAUUCGUCUGGAGCAUGAACAGGUGGAGGGCACCCUGGGCAAGCUGUCCAUCUACAUACCCGGCAAUACGGACGCGAAGUGGAACUCCAAUUUGCACAUGCACCUGCUAACUUUGGCAAGGGACAUGCAAGACUUAAAAAAUGAGUUGUCCCUUUCCGCUUCGCCUGUGAAGAAAACCGCCCCAAAAGGAGGACUUGUUGUGGAGUUGUCCGCCGAACGGAGCACUACCUUUGAAAUAAAGUUCUCCGAGCGUCACUCCGUCCAGAUAUUUGUGGAAAGCCUUUUCUUCAGUCAAAAGGAGCGGUGCAUCAUCUAUGCGGAGAACGUGUUUGUUAAGAUUGAUGAUCAGCACAUAUUCACGGUAAAAGAGCUCGAUCUGCAAUCGGUUCCCCGACUUGAGGUUCUCACCCAAGAACGACAAAACUUUCCCGGCUUUCAGCUGCCCUCCAACAAGGUGUGGGUCUGCACCAUUGGAUCCUUUAAGGCAAUUUUCCCGUACGACCACGACUUCUACAAUGCCAUCAACGGCGAGUGUGUGUCCCACUUUAAGUGGCUCAAAGUGGUCCACAACUACGAGAAAAAGCCGUUCACGGUGGACUCCCCGCUGCCCUGCGACCUGGUGAUAAAGAUCAAGGAGUUCCUCUUGGAGAUCAGCGACGAUCCCUUCGAGGUCAAGCUGCGGGACAACUACGUCCUACUGGUGGACGAAUACCUGGAGAGCUUAAAGCGUAAGGCGCUGUUUGACAAAAAGAUCGGCGAGAUUCGCUCGGAACGCCUUUUGAUGCCCACUGGAACCAUUGAGAGUCUUUACGCCAACCUGGUGAAGAAGAAUUCGGAGAUCUAUAUCCAGCGAUCAAAGAAAAUUCGGGAGAGUGGCCCGGUUCGCACUCGGCUCCUGGCCUGGAUCAUGACGGAUGUGAACAUCAUGGCCAUGGCGGACACCUCCAUCCACGGCUACGAUAAUGUGACGCGCAUCAUGCGGGAGAUCGAUCACGAGAGUCCCUGGCCCGAGGAGGGACUGGAGUUCUCCACGCUGUGGUGUCGUGGAGUAAACAUCAGCUGUACAGAAUGGAAAUUUAUGCUGAGGGACUUUCCGCAACCCAUGUUCUGCGUGAAGAGCAUGCGUCUGUAUGGCAAUCUCUGCGGAGCGGAGCAGAUGGGUUCCAAGCGGGCCAAGCGCGACGUGCUCAUUGAGGUCGGCGAACCCUUUGGAACCACUGUGAUUCAACGUAGCAUGCCGUCGCUGAAGUUCUAUCACGACUUUGACUGCGAGCUGGAGAGCUGCAGCUACGCCUUUGGAGCCUGCUGGGAGCCUGUGAUGGCCCAGUGCAACCUGAGCUUCGAAAAGAUAUCGGCUCCCUCCAAAGAUCCCUCGCCUCCGUUGCCGUUUUGGGACAAGCUGCGCCUGCUCCUGCACGGUCGGUUAACUCUGAUAGCCAAGCGGUUCACCAUUCUCCUCCACGCCUCGCUGGAUCCCUAUAACACCACUGAGGAAAUGGAGCUGACCUGGAACAACUGCGGCAUCGUGCUGACGAAUGCCAAGAUUAUGUUUAAAGGGGAACUCAAUGUCACCGUAAGAACAGCUUCUCGCUACGACGAUUGCCGGUUGCUUCAUUUCCCCAACCUUAAGUUGACGAUCAAGCUGAAGUGGGUGUGCCUGGCCAAUCCCAAUGAUCACCACGCCGUGAUGCCGUGCGCCCCAAACAAGCUGCCAGAGUACUCGAGCAACCAGGUGCACGACUCGUUCCGCGCAUUCCGUUCGCUCAAUCUCAACAUUUGGAUAUCCUUCGAGACGAAGCCCAAGGCGGGAGAGGACUUGGAGGUCGACAUACCCAGUCUGGUGCUGUACGGCAGCACAUUGCGCUGGUUUGAGAGCCUGCAACUCAUUCUUUCGGGCGUGACGAGGCCCACGCGACGUGGUCCGGUCUUCAACAAUGUGAGACCGCGGAAGAAGCCGCUUAGCCGGCACUACAAGAAGGCCAACCUGCAGAUGUGCCUGCACAAGUUCCAAGUGCUCUACUGGAUGUCGCACGCCCUGCAGAAGGGAUUCCAGCUGAACGGCCGCCGCGUGUCAUUCAGUUCCGAACACUCGCUGGCCCUCAAUCCCAUCGACGACGGGCUUAUCCACCGACCGCGGGCGGAUUGGUCGACGAUCUACAUGAACUGCGAGCUCAACGAUGCGGAGAUCUGGUUGAAGAGUAUUCUGACCGAGAAGAUGGACAGCAGCUCCGAAAACCUGGCCAGCGCAGCGGAUGCCUUCAAAAUCGUAAGAUUCUACUUCCUGAGCGUGGCCAAGGUCUCCUAUGGACGUGAGGCACUUAUCCCGACGACAGCCACGAGCACUGAGGAAGAUGUAAAGGCCCAGUCCACAACGCCAACCCACAAGCUGGUGGUGCACGAUCUGAAGGGCGCCUGGACCAAGAGCAAUCGCGAUGUGGCGUUCGCCCUGUUCGACUCAUUUAUGAAGUCCCAGAAGUUGAAGAACAACUUGUCCACGGAGGCGGUGAAGAGUUAUCGCAAGGAGGGGCCUAACUCCGCCGUCCUGAAGCACAAGCGCAGUGAUAGCACCAUUACCUUGUCGAGCAACAACAGCGAGGGUCUGCCUAUUUCCAAUCCGAAUGCAUCGCUGAAGAAGCUUCCCGCGCAGAUCCACGCAACAGCCAUGCUGCAGCAACUGAUCGCGGAGGCCGACCACAAGUUCAACGUGUACAGCGAUGACCACAGCACCCAAUCCCGGGAGCUGCAGCUGCAAGGCCUGCAGGCCUGCUCCGCGCAGGAUGUGAUCCACGAGAACUGGUCGAUCAGCCUGGUAAACUCGCAGGUCCUGCUCAAGGGGUGCGAGACGUCCGGCUACGUGAUCAUCAGUGCGGCCAAGGCGGAGAUACUGCAACGGGAGCACCGUCCGGUCUGGCGGGAGCGGUCGCUCAUCUCGAAGACCACGUGGAAGGGACUGCUCGAGUGCAUGCAGUACUACGCAACAGUCAGCGCGGGGGACAACAACUCGCUGCUCGAGAAGGAGAUCAUGUGGCUGACAGUGGACAACAUUCAGGACAAGGACGAGACCGUGAUCAACAACCUGCCGGACAUCUCGCACCUGGUCGGCAGUGGACGCAGUGUGGGUGGAGUGGUUUCCGAAACGGUGGGUGCCUUUCUGAGCGACAACUCUGGCGGGGCACAGCCCGUCCAGCUGCAGCGCAUCGUGUCCAAGUGCAAGUGCGAGUUCUUCUAUGUGAGCUACGGCGAUGCCAUCGAUCCGAACAGCAUCACGGAGGUGCCGCCUCCGCCCUCGGAGGAGCUGCAGUCGCCGUGGGAGAAGCAGGACGAUCCCGUGGACGCCUUCACCCUAAUGCAUCACGACCUGGACGUAUGCACCAAUUCGCUGCAGUACGCGAUGAUUUUGGACAUCGUUAACAACCUGCUGCUCUACGUGGAGCCCCAGCGAAAGCAGGCGGCGGAGAAGCUCACCCGGAUGCGCUUCCAGCUGCAGCUGCACUCCACGGAGGACCAGAAGCGCCCCAUCCAGCAGAAGCAGACUGUUAUCCGCAGCCUGCUCAUGAAGAUUCGCUCGCUGGAGAAGGACACACACAUGAUCAGCAAGGAGCGGAUCGAGGACGGCGACUCGCUGGAGCUGCGGCAGGAGUACGACCACGUGCAGCAGAUGAUCCGCGAGAGCAAGGAGGAGCUUAACACCUUCAGCGAGGAGCUGGACAUGAUGCUGCUCUGCUACAAGGAGACCCAGCUGUCGCAGCUCAGCAAGAUCUCGAACGUGCGCUCCGAUGAGUCGGUGACCAUGAUUCGAACCAACGAAAUCUGCUUUAAGCGCGCCCAGUGGCGGCUGACUGAAACGGACGGCCAAAUCGGCAUAGCUGAUCUCGUCCUGAGUGCCUUCCUCUACACGAAGAAGUCCAAGAGCGAUGAUUCGGUGGAGCAUCUGCUGGAGCUGGGCAACAUUCGCAUGGAGAACCUAUUACCGCGGGAAAUCUAUCGCGAUGUCCUGCUGGCCACCGAAAUCCAAAAGGAUAUGCCCGUGGACACCCACAAACGGGUGCUGCGGAUCUUCUGCCGGGAGAAGGCUCCAGUUGGCGGAAUAUCCGUGAAGGAACACUUCGAAAUCAACGUGGCACCCAUCACAAUUGCCAUCACGAAAAAGUUUUACAGCACCAUGCUUAAGUUCUGCUUUCCGGACCGCGAUGCCUCCGAAACGGAGGCUAGCGAUGAACUGGACGACAAUGCUUCAACCAGCUCGGCGUCCACAACCAAUUUACAGGUGAGGCCAUCGACCUCCUCGUCGACCAAGCGCUCCGGGAAAGGCAAGAAGGGAGCCAAAGACUCCGAGUUCUAUGUAAAGAUCGAGAAGGACGACGUGGAAAAGAUGAAGGAGCGCGCGGAGAAAAACAAGCUGUUUAUUUACAUCAAGAUUCCCGAGGUGCCCGUGCGGGUCAGCUACAAGGGGAACAAGGAGAAGAACCUAGAGGACAUCACCGACUACUCUCUAGUCAUACCAACAUUGGAGUACCACAACGUUACGUGGACCUGGUUGGAUCUGCUGUUGGCCAUGAAGUCAGUGAGCCGGCGCGUGAUAUUCUCGCAGGCCAUUAAGCAGAAGCUGCACAUCCACCAGCGCCAACCGAUCCUCUCCGCCGGAGAACGAGCCACUCCCCAGGAGGCGGAGGACAAGGCAGUGAUGUUGUUUGGAAAUCGCUUACUCAACGAUAACCGUAGUCAGAAGAAGGGCGUCUUCAAGUUCUCCUCGAGCGGAAAGUGAUGAAACUCGUGUUGUCUUUUAACGAUAUUUAUAUGAUUUAUUACUGUACGUUCAAAGGAUGUACGAAAAUAUGUGCAACUUGCGGUACUGACCAGGAUUAGCACAGCUUACCUAAAACGCCGUAAUCAACUAACAAGAAUGUCGAGUGCGUCUUGGCCCGAUUAACAAUACAUUAUACAAUACAAUCACACACACUCUCAAGUAUUAUGCUAUGUAACUCUCUAACUCUAGCUAUUAAUGUUAUGGAUACUUGUUGUUAGCAAUAAAGAGGGAGUAGGCGUAGUUCAUUUUUACAGACCA